AUGGCCCAGUCACGACACGGUCGUGAUCAACCGUUUCAGCCGAGUCCCCGACGGAGGGACGCUGCCCCGGGUCCUCCUCCCCUGAGUGCUGCCGCCCUCUCUUGCAGGAGGUAUGUCGCUGGCGGGGAGUGCAAGUCGACAGCGAAGCUGGAGGGGAAGGUGGCGAUAAUCACGGGAGCCAACACGGGCAUCGGGAAGGAGACGGCCCGGGACCUCGCCCGGAGAGGUGCGAGGGUCAUUAUCGCUUGCAGAGACAUAGCGAAGGCAGAAGCUGCAGCCCGUGAAAUCCGAGCUGAGACGGGGAACCAGCAAGUUAUUGUGAAAAAACUGGACUUGGCUGAUACGAAGUCCAUCCGGGAGUUUGCUGAGAAAUUCCUAGCAGAGGAGAAGGAACUCCAUAUUCUCAUUAAUAAUGCUGGGGUAAUGUUAUGCCCUUACUCCAAGACUGCUGAUGGCUUUGAGAUGCACCUGGGAGUCAAUCAUCUUGGUCAUUUUCUCUUGACCUUCCUGUUGCUGGAGUGUCUGAAGCAGUCUGCCCCAGCCCGCAUAGUGAACGUGUCCUCACUGGCUCAUCAUGGAGGCCGAAUCCGCUUCCACGACCUCCAUGGUGAGAAGAGCUACAAUCGUGGCCUCGCCUACUGUCACAGCAAAUUGGCUAACGUGCUCUUCACCCGGGAGCUGGCAAGGCGGCUGCAAGGCACUAAAGUCACAGCAAACGCUCUCCAUCCUGGUUCUGUCCAUUCUGAGCUGGUCCGGCACUCGUUUGUAAUGACGUGGCUGUGGAAGAUAUUCUCAUUCUUCUUGAAGACGCCUCGGGAAGGAGCUCAGACCAGUGUCUACUGUGCAGUAGCAGAAGAGCUAGACUCUGUGACAGGACAGUAUUUCAGUGAUUGCCAGCCAGCAUAUGUAUCUCCACGGGGUCGGGAUGAUGAGACAGCAAAGAAGCUCUGGAACGUGAGCUGUGAGCUCCUCGGCAUCCAGUGGGACUGAGUGGCGCAGACCUCAAGUGUGUACCUGGCUGAGCCCAGUGAUGCUUCUCCUGGGAAGAGCACUGCUGAGAGACCUCAAGACUAGAACACUGAUACUUCAGCCACCCUCGUGAUGGCUCUACGAACACAAUCUAAUGUGAAUUUCUGGAAUAUUACACUUAAGGAUUGAGAUUAGUAAGCAACCAGUCCCCCUUUCUAG